UGUGUUUUGCGCCGCAGCUGGAGAACUGUAACUAUGCGGUGGAGCUGGGCAAGAAGGAGGCCAAGUUCUCUCUGGUGGGCAUCGCUGGACAGGACCUGAAUGAAGGAAACCGCACGCUGACCCUGGCUCUGCUCUGGCAGCUCAUGAGGAGAUACACACUGAACAUCCUGGAGGAUCUGGGCGACGGGCAGAAGAUCAUCGAUGAGACCAUUGUGCAGUGGGUGAACGAAACACUCACACAGGCGGGAAAAGGAACCAUCAGCGGCUUUAAGGACGGCUCCAUCAGCAGCAGUAUGCCAGUGCUGGACCUGAUUGAUGCCAUCCAGCCGGGCUCCAUCCGCUACGACCUGCUGAAGGCGGAGGACCUGACGGAUGAAGAGAAGCUCAACAACGCCAAGUAUGCGAUCUCGAUGGCGCGUAAGAUCGGAGCUCGUGUGUAUGCGCUGCCGGAGGAUCUGGUGGAGGUGAAGCCCAAGAUGGUGAUGACGGUGUUUGCGUGUCUGAUGGCCAGAGGAAUGAGGAGGAUCUAGAAGCGGAUCUCCAUUCCACUGGUCGUCUCCUAUACUCCAUUAUACGCCUGAAACAGCUCAGAGUACGCCACGCUGAACUGUGGACACUCACCAGGGGAAAUAUAUUCAUAGAAGCUGCCAUGAGUCUGGAUGAUCGUCUUCAAGACCUUACAGUUCAAUCAAGCUUUAUCUGUGGAGGUCAAAGGUCGUGUGUGUGUGUGUGUGUGUGUGUGUGUGUGUGUGUGUGUGUGCAGUACAGAAUGUUCUGAUUUUCGUUCUUUAAAUGACAGCAAACAAACAUUCAGUCUCUGAUUUUAAUCUACAUGUUGAGAUGCCGCUACACAAAUAAAAACAGUAUGUUUUAUAACUCCA